AACUACGCGCGUACGCAGUCAACCGGUCACCAACCCACCUACUAUUUCUACGCAAUGCCGCCGUAUCCAUUUAGCUUUUGCAAAUGAUUCAAAAUUUGUCAUUCUUAUCUUUGAUCCCAUUACGUUUUCAAAGUUGUUGAGCUCUUCUUUGUAUCCAAACAAGAUUCUCCAGCCCCCCAUUACUAAAAUCACUUACAUAUCUUUCCCUAACCUACUCAACAACAAAUACAUUUCCUCAUUCAUUUAUUCUUUAAUCCUUACAAGUGGAUUAUGUUUCCAUCUUGCAUAUAAAUAGUACUCAACCAACCCAAUCUACAUUAUUCCUAUUACCAUUUUUUUGUAAAGAAGAUUAAAGGCUUUUAACCCAUUCUUUGAUUCUUGAUUGGUUUGUGGCGGGGAAUAAAUGGGUAGUGUUGGAUUGUUGAAGAAUUCCGCCAUGGUUUGUGCUCCAUUAAUGGCCCCAUCAGUGGAGCAAUUAGUUCAUGAUAUGCUUAUCGCAAAAUCACAAGGUGCAGAUUUAGUUGAGAUUAGACUUGAUGCUAUCCACAACUUCCAACCCCACAAAGAUCUUCAACUCCUCCUCAGAAAUAAGCCACUUCCCGUACUCAUUCUUUACAGGCCAGUAUGGGAAGGAAAUCAGUUUGAAGACGAUGCCCACAAGCAGUUGGAAGUCCUUCGGUGUGCUAAAGAAUUGGGAGCUGAUUAUGUUGAGGUGGACCUCAAGAUAGCUAGUGACUUCACGAAAAAAGAAAAGUCGAGGUGGAGUACUGGUUGUAAAGUAAUUACAUCAUGCUUCGUGGGCAAUGUGACCUCAAAAGAAGACCUGAGCCAAGUUAUUGCAUGCAUGCAAUCUACUGGGGCAGAUAUCCUCAAAAUUGUUACAAAUGCAAAUGACAUUACAGAGCUAGAGAAAACGUUUCACUUGCUUUCACAUUGCCAGAUGCCGCUUAUUGCGUACUCUGUUGGGGAAAGAGGUCUCAUAAGCCAGUUGUUGGGCCCGAAAUUCGGUAGUGUCCUAUUAUAUGGAUCUCUUGAUGGUUAUGCAGUGCCUGGUCUACCUUCUCUUGGCAGCCUUAGACAAGCCUACGGAGUUGAUUUUAUGGAUAAUGAUACUAAAGUUUUCGGGCUCAUUUCUAAACCAGUGGGUCAUAGUAAAGGACCUAUUUUGCAUAAUCCUACAUUUAGACAUGUCGGGUUCAAUGGAAUUUAUGUUCCAAUGUUUGUGGAUGAUCUUAAGGAGUUCUUCAGGGUUUACUCAAGUCCUGACUUUGCUGGUUUCAGUGUUGGGAUCCCAUACAAGGAAGCAGUGGUGAAUUUUUGUGAUGAAGUCGAUCCAUUGGCUGAGUCCAUAGGUGCUGUAAAUACUAUCAUACGGAGGCCUUGUGAUGGGAAGUUAAUUGGUUAUAACACAGAUUGUGAGGCUUCUAUAACAGCCAUUGAGGAUGGUUUGAAAGUAAAUGGACGUACAAAUGGAGCAGCUUUUCUUUCUUCUUCACUCGCUAGGAAAUUGUUUGUGCUGGUGGGUGCUGGAGGUGCAGGAAGAGCUCUGGCAUUUGGAGCCAAGAGCAGGGGAGCGCGAAUUGUCAUUUUUGACAUUGAUUUUCAUAGGGCGAAGGCUCUUGCUGCCGCAGUUUCUGGUGAAGCUCUGCCAUAUGAAAAUUUAGUUUCUUUUCAGCCGGAGAAAGGUGCAAUCCUUGCCAAUGCAACGCCUAUAGGAAUGCAUCCAAAUAAAGAUAGGAUACCUGUGCCUGAGGCAACCUUGAAGGAUUAUGUAGUGGUUUUUGAUGCUGUAUAUACACCUAGAAAGACUACUCUAUUGGAAGACGCUGAGGCUGCUGGAGCAGUCAUUGUCAGUGGAGUUGAAAUGUUUCUUAGGCAGGCUAUUGGCCAGUUCAACCUUUUCACGGGAAGUAAAGCACCAGAAGAAUUCAUGCGCGAGAUUGUUAUGGCGAGAUUCUAAUUAUCAAGAAUUUCAAUGGAAUUUGUUUCUCUUCAAAAUGAAUAAACAACAUGACCAGUCAAGAAACGGCAACAAGGGUGAGAAAAAGGAGAAAAUGUGUUAGGAUAACUUAUUUUUAUUGGUGUGAGAAAAUCUUUAUUGAAGUAUUGUUUUCCAAGUUGUAAUUCAACAAUUUGUGAAAAUUUUGAAUACAUCGACCCAUUUUAAAGAAACCAUCUUAAUUUUUA